CCAAAAACCCUCUUCACUCUCUGUCGAAGCCUCACAACAAAAUUCCAUUUUGCCGCCUUUAAUCCUCCCAAAUUUCCUCACACUCUCAGUGAUUCUCUCUCUUAGGGUUUCAUCAGCUGCAAAUCCAUAGCUGAAAUCGGUGCGAGAAUCUUUCAGCCAUGGUCUCCACAAAGGAGCUCCUUUCCCCUAUUGAAUCGGCGCUUCUCGGCCCUUCGCCUCCGACGCCGGCGCAGAGAGUCGAGUUUCUGCACGCCAUUCGAAGCUCUCUUCCAGCUUUCCAGUCCCUCCUAUUCUAUCCGCCUCCGAAACCCUCCGAUCGAGCUCAAGUGCAGUCGAGAGAAGUUCGGCUUCCGGACUCGCCACCAAUUUCGCUCGACGACCAGGAUGUCCAGAUUGCUUUGAAGUUGAGUGACGAUCUUCAUCUCAAUGAGAUUCAUUGUGUCCACUUGCUUGUACAUGCAAAUCAAGAGUGGGGUUUGAUGGGACGAGAGCCCCUGGAAAUUUUACGCCUUUCAGCAGGGCUUUGGUAUACGGAGAGAAGAGAUCUAUUGACUGCCCUCUAUACACUAUUAAGGGCUGUUGUGCUUGACCAGGGACUUGAUGCUGAUCUUUUAUGUGAUGUUCAGAAAUAUUUAGAAGAUCUAAUGAGUUCUGGGCUUAGACAACGGUUAAUUUCACUCAUAAAGGAACUUAAUUGGGAAGAACCAGCUGGUUUGGGUGGUCCUCAAUGUGAACGUUAUGUACUUGAUUCUAGAGGUGCUCUUGUUGAGAGGCAGGCCGUGGUCUACAGGGAAAGGCUCAUACUUGGACAUUGCCUUAUUCUUUUUAUUCUGGUUGUGCGGACAGGUCCAAAGGAUGUAAAGGAUAUCUUUUCAGCUCUAAAAGAUAUUGCUGCGGAAGUUAGUGAAAGCAACGAGACAGUGAAACAUCAGAUCACAUUUAGUCUUCUAUUUUCCCUAGUGAUUGCUCUCAUAUCGGAUGCUCUUAGUGCAGUACCUGAUAAAGCAUCUCUUCUUUCGCGCGAUGCUUCUUUUAGACAUGAAUUUCAUGAGAUUGUUAUGGCUGUUGGAAGUGAUCAAAAUGUUGAGCGUUAUGUUGAUGGUGUAAGACUUGCUUGGGCUGUACAUUUGAUGUUAAUACAAGAUGCUACUGGUGCCGCUACUGUUUCAAGUGCUUUGUCAAAUGAUUUGGCUCAUCUCCACUCCUGCCUAGAAGUUAUUUUCUCUAACAACGUUUUCCAAUUUAUGCUGGAUAAAGUUCUUCGAACGGCACCCUACCAGAAUGAUGACGAGGAUAUGAUUUAUAUGUACAACGCUUAUCUGCACAAGUUGAUAUCUUGCUUCUUGUCUCACCCUCUAGCCAGAGAUAAGGUGAAAGAAUCAAAGGAAAGGGCUAUGAGCAUUCUUAGUCCAUACAGGUCAGCCGUAUCACAUGAUUUUACACAUGAUAGAAAUGCAAGUCCUCAACAAGCCACUGAAUGUGGCCCUCUACCGUUUGUCUCUCUGUUGGAGUUCGUGAGUGAAGUUUAUCAGAGGGAGCCGGAGCUGUUGUCUGGUAAUGAUGUCUUGUGGACAUUUGUGAAUUUUGCUGGGGAAGAUCAUACAAAUUUUCACACACUUGUAGCUUUCUUGAAUAUGCUGAGUACAUUGGCUUCUAGCCAAGAUGGUGUCUCAAAGGUUUAUGAGUUACUUAAGGGGAAAGCAUUCCGCUCUGUUGGGUGGAGCACUUUGUUUGAUUGCUUAUCAAUUUAUGACGAAAAGUUCAAACAGUCUCUCCAGACUGCUGGAGCCAUGUUACCAGAAUUCCCCGAGGGGGAUGCAAAGGCACUUGUUGCUUAUCUGAAUGUUCUUCGAAAGGUUGUACAAAAUGGUAACCCUGUUGAGAGAAAGAACUGGUUUCCUGACAUUGAGCCAUUAUUCAAGCUCCUUGGCUAUGAGAAUGUGCCUCCUUAUCUUAAGGGUGCUCUGCGGAAUGCAAUAGGAACUUUUGUUCAUGUCUCUCCAGUCUUAAAGGAUACAAUUUGGAGCUAUCUUGAGCAGUAUGAUCUUCCUGUGGUUGUUGGAUCUCAUGUUGGGAAGGGUGCACAGCCCCUGGCCACACAAGUGUAUGAUAUGCAGUUUGAGUUGAAUGAAAUAGAAGCAAGGAGAGAACAAUAUCCUUCGACUAUUUCUUUCCUUAACCUCUUAAAUGUGCUUAUUGCUGAAGAAAGAGACACAAGUGAUAGAGGGCAUAGAUUCAUUGGAAUUUUUAGGUUCAUAUUUGAUCAUGUUUUCGGGCCGUUCCCUCAAAGAGCUUAUGCGGAUCCUUGUGAGAAAUGGCAGUUGGUUGUUGCUUGCCUUCAGCAUUUUCAUAUGAUACUGAGAAUGUAUGACAUCAGUGAAGAGGAUAUUGACAGUAUUGCUGAUAGCACACAGCUUUCAACAGAAACACAACCAUCUUCCCUGCAAAUGCAGCUUCCCGUGCUGGAGUUGCUAAAAGAUUUCAUGAGUGGAAAAACAGUUUUUCGGAAUAUUAUGGGCAUUCUUUUACGGGGCGUUAAUACCAUCAUUACUGAAAGGACAAGUCAAAUCUACGGGCAACUUUUAGAGAAGGCUGUACAACUUUCUUUGGAAAUUAUAAUUCUUGUUCUGGAGAAAGAUGUACUUCUUUCUGAUUUUUGGCGUCCUCUAUACCAGCCUCUGGAUGUUAUACUCUCUCAAGAUCGUAACCAAAUUGUAGCUCUUUUGGAGUAUGCCAGAUACGAUUUUCGACCACAAAUUCAGCAAUCCUCUAUCAAAAUCAUGAGUAUAUUAAGUUCUCGCAUGGUUGGGCUUGUACAACUACUGCUUAAAUCCAAUGCUGCAAACUGUUUGGUUGAGGAUUAUGCUGCCUGCCUUGUGUUAAGAUCGGAGAUUGAGAACAGUAGUGAUGAUCCGGGAGUUCUUAUAUUGCAGCUUCUGAUAGACAAUAUUAGUCGUCCUGCUCCAAAUGUUACGCAUUUGCUACUCAAGUUUGAUCUUGACACCAAUAUCGAGCGUACUGUUUUGCAACCAAAGUUUCACUACAGUUGCUUAAAGGUUGUUCUUGAAAUAUUGGAGAAGCUUUCGAAGCCUGAUGUGAAUGCAUUGCUUCAUGAAUUUGGCUUUCAGCUUCUUCAUGAGUUAUGCUUGGAUCCACUAACAUGCGGUCCCGCCAUGGACCUGUUGAGCAAUAAGAAGUAUCGGUUUUUCGUUAGGCACUUGGAUACUGUCGGGGUUGCUCCACUUCCUAAACGUAGUGGCAAUCAGGCACUUCGUAUUAGUUCCCUUCAUCAGAGGGCAUGGCUGCUGAAACUUCUGGCAAUCGAAUUGCAUGCUGGUGAUAUGAGUAGCUCCUCACACCGGGAGGCAUGUCAAAGUAUUCUCGCUCAUCUUAUUGGGCAGGAAAUUAUUGGAAUCGGAGCAGAUCACAGCAUAUCACAAUGCCAUGCACUCCAAAAUAGUGCAGAGGCUGCUGGAACUAGAAGUAUCAAUAAGAGUAAGGUACUGGAGUUGCUUGAAGUAGUUCAAUUUAGAUCUCCAGACACCACUAUGAAGCUCUCUCAAAUUAUUUCUACUCUGAAAUAUGAUUUACUGGUGGAGGACAUACUUGCCAAUCCUGCAACUUCAGGGAAGGGUGGCGUAUACUAUUACUCAGAGCGUGGUGAUCGCUUGAUUGACCUGGCUUCCCUCAGGGACAAACUUUGGCAGAAAUUCAGUUCAAUGAAUCCCCAGCUCUGUAACUUUGGGAGUGAGGCUGAGCUCAAUGAUGUCAAGGAGACGAUCCAACAAUUGUUGAGAUGGGGAUGGAAGUACAAUAAGAACCUUGAGGAACAAGCUGCUCAACUUCAUAUGUUAACUGGCUGGUCCCAGAUUGUUGAGGUCUCUGCUUCCAGGAAAACAUCAUUACUUGAAAAUCAAUCUGAAGUUCUUUAUCAGGUUCUCGAUGCCUCUCUGACUGCAUCUGCUUCUCCUGACUGUUCAUUGAAAAUGGCAUUUAUAUUAUGCCAGGUUGCUCUGACAUGCAUGGCCAAAUUACGAGAUGAAAGGUUUUUGUGCCCCAGUGGGUUUAAUUCCGAUAGUGCAGCAUAUCUUGAUGUUCUCACAGUGAAACAGUUAUCAAAUGGCGCUUGUCAUUCUAUAUUGUUUAAGCUUAUAUUGGCAGUUCUUAGGCAUGAAUCAUCAGAGGCCUUAAGGAGACGGCAAUAUGCACUGCUACUUAGCUAUUUUCAGUAUUGUCAACAUAUUCUUGAUCCUGAUGUCCCAAAGACAGUUCUGCAGUUCUUGCUACUUGACGAGCAAGAUAGUGAAGAUCUAGAUCUCCAUAAGAUCAACAAAGAACAAGCGGAACUUGCUCGUGCUAAUUUUUCUAUUUUAAGAAAAGAGGCUCAGUCACUUUUGGAUUUGGUAAUAAAGGAUGUAACUCAUAGCAGUGACCCUGGAAAGACGAUAGCACUUUAUGUUUUGGAUGCACUGAUUUGCGUAGAUCAUGAAAGAUAUUUCUUAAGCCAACUUCAGAGCAGGGGUUUUCUACGGUCUUGCUUAACAAACAUCAGCAAUGCUUCCUUUCAGGAUGGUCGGCUCCAGCAAGCAUGUACUCUUGAGGCUGAACUUGCUUUACUCUUGCGAAUUAGCCAUAAAUAUGGGAAAUCUGGAGCCCAGGUUCUUUUCUCCGUGGGUGCUCUCGAACACAUUUCUUCAUGCAAGGCCAUCAACUUUCUGGGAAGUUUGAGGCGGGUUGACACGAAGCUGCGAAGGGAUGUGGCUGUGGAUUUUGACAGGCAACGAUUGAUCAUAACUCCUGUGCUGAGAUUAGUUUUUUCUCUUACAUCAUUGAUUGAUGCAUCCGAAUUUCUAGAGGUGAAGAACAAAAUUGUCCGUGAAGUAAUAGAUUUUGUCAAAGGGCAUCAGACGCUCUUUGAUAGAGUUCUUUGUGAAGACAUUUCUGAGGCUGACGAAUUGACAAUGGAGCAGAUCAAUCUUGUUGUUGGUAUACUUAGCAAGGUUUGGCCUUAUGAAGAGAGCGAUGAUUGUGGCUUUGUUCAAGGGCUGUUUAGUAUGAUGCAUGCUUUAUUCUCAUGUGACUUGGAGACUCCUACUUAUGGUCAAUCAGUUCGGUCUCUGGAGAAUGAGAGAAAAUCAGAACUAAACAGGUUCCGAUUAUGCUCCAGCCUGAGCUCUUAUCUAUAUUUCCUCGUCAGGAGAAAAUCCCUAAUACUGCAGAUUUCAGAUGUGUCCGAUUUCCGUGCUUCUGUGGGAAGUCAACAGCCCACAUUGAGCUUACUCGGUUCUCUUCUUAAUUCUGCGACAACUGCUCUUGAAAGAGCUGCGGAGGAAAAAUCUCUCUUAAUUAACAGGAUUCGGGACAUAAAUGAACUUUCAAGACAGGAGGUGGAUGAAAUUAUCAACAUGUGUGCCAGGCGAGAUUGUGUUUUGUCAUCUGACAAUAUACAGAAACGGAGGUAUGUUGCAAUGGUGGAAAUGUGCCAGAUCGUUCGCAACAGAGAUCAGUUAAUCACCUUGUUGCUCCCGAUUGCAGAGCAGAUUCUGAAUAUCAUCCUGAUUCAUCUUCAGUAUAGUUCUGUUGCACCUGCCAGUGGAGCUACAAGGGCAAUUACGUUUGGUUCCAGAUCUGACUCAGAAGAUGACGUCUCUUUGAUUAGUGGAAAGCUACUUCCUGCUUUAGAACGACUUGAGUUACUUAGUGAGGAUAAAGUAGGACACAAUCUUAAGGUAUUUCGGAGAUUAGUAACCUCGCUCAAGGAAAUAACGAUUCAAAACUUGGAGUCAUGAGAAUUUUCUCAGACAGUUGAAAAUUGUCCUAUCUUUUCGACUGUAAAUUACAAACUUUUUUAUUUGUAUUCAGAUAUUCUUGUUCGUGUAUAUUAUGAUAAUUAAGUGUAUAAUUAAGUGUCAUUCAAUUAGUUUGUAAAUUCAGGUUUGAGGUUCGUUUACAACCACUUUAGUUCACAAAAUUUUUGGAAA